AUUGCGCACCAAUGGACUAAAACCUAAAACACAAAUCAACAAAAGCAAAAAUUGAAGUGAAAAUAUAAACUAUUAAAUGCCGACAGUGUUAUAACCAUAGAUAUUGAGUAUUAUUUGCUUACAUUUUACAUAUAAGUAGGAAUAAGCUUUCCUGGGCCGGAAACAGAUUCGGAAACAAAGAAGCAACCACCCACAUAUCUGGAGAGGAUUAAUCAUGGACAUCUCAAAGGCACCCAAUCCGCGAAAACUGGAGCUGUGUCGCAAAUACUUCUUUGCUGGCUUUGCAUUCCUGCCCUUUGUGUGGGCCAUUAACGUUUGCUGGUUUUUCACGGAGGCCUUCCAUAAGCCACCAUUUUCGGAGCAGAGCCAAAUAAAGAGAUAUGUUAUAUACUCCGCGGUGGGAACUCUUUUCUGGCUGAUAGUACUGACUGCCUGGAUAAUAAUAUUCCAGACAAAUCGCACAGCUUGGGGCGCCACAGCGGACUAUAUGAGCUUCAUCAUACCCCUGGGUAGUGCAUAAACAUAACUAGAUUAAUUCGUUAGCAACUAAUGAUAUUAAAAAAGACUUCAUUCCUAAACAAAA